AUGCAUGGCCAACAGCAGUCUUUUUCUUCGUCGACUCACCGGCCACAAUCGGAUUUCUACGAUUCCCAUACGACGUCUUCUGACUCGGAAGAUGAUAUGGGUUCAAAUCAAGAACGUGGGCUCUACGAUGCCAUUUCCGAAACACUAGCAUACAGUGUAUUCUCGCAGAAGUAUUUCCUUCCCCACGACGACUUCGAAACGCUGGUCACCGAAACAGCCAUUAAGGAGGAACUCGAUAAGGCCAUGAAAGGAGAAUAUAGCCCAUCACUUGUCGAGUAUAUUGCUACACAUGCACGAAAAACGUUUGCUACGUUGGUCGUCCAGGACAAAGUUCUUAAGGCUGCCAACCUUGAAAAAUUCAGAUUUGACGACAAGUACCUUCCUAUCGCUGUGGAGGGAUCAUGUCUCACUUCUCUCAACGGCUUUUCAAGAGAUUCAUCCGCCUGGAAGUGGUUUUACCGGUGGAAAAAACAGGAGAAAGACGGUUUUUGUGAGAAGCAAUGGAUAUUUCUCUCCCAAAUCUUCAGGAGUGAUAGCACGAUGGAAGAUCUACACCAAGACUGCCGGUUGCCGUUUAUCACAUGUGAUUCUAAGAGCGAGGGGGGUAGUUUCAGCUUGCUGCACAAAGCUACCAUACACCAUGCUCACCAAACCGUCAGUGCAGGCAACCUCGUCAUCGCGAUCAAAGAACUACGAGAUAAGGAAGUUGGGGCCGACCAGAGAGAACUUGUUGCCUUAGACAUGGCGCGGCAGUUGAAACAUCGACAUAUCGUAAAGUUUGUCGGCGGCUUCAGACAGGGUUCUACCAGGCAAGGCCCCACAAGUUACCUGCUCUUUCAGUGGGCAGACGGAGGCAACUUGCGGUCGUAUUGGAGCGAUGAGAACAACUGGUCUCGAGAUGGAGAUCUUAUCAGUUGGACUACCGAGCAAAUAGGAGGACUAGUUGCAGCACUUGAUGAGUGGCACAACAAGCCAUCACCAAUUACAUCCAACGGCCGACACGGAGACCUGAAGCCAGAGAAUAUUCUCAGAUCUCUAGGACCGCAACGUGGAAUGUUUCAGAUCGCAGAUCUGGGACUGGCAAAGGUACAUUCACUACCAACAAAUGCCCGAAUCAAACCUUCAGCAACUCCAGGUGGGACAUUUCGAUAUAGACCACCUGAGGUCGGCAGAUUGGGUGACCACCACCGGAUAUUCUCUCGGUCCUACGACAUGUGGGGUAUGGGCUGUAUCAUUCUAGAGUGGAUCAUCUGGUUGGUUUAUGGCACUGAAGGGCUCAACACAUUCGACGACCAGGCAUUUCCCGAUGAGUUCGAUACGUUCUGGUCAAGGGAAAGCCAAAGUCGUUCUAUUAAUCCAGUGGUGGUAUCUUGGAUCAAACACAUGAACGACACAUGUCUGGUAGACGGAGAGCAGUGUUACAGUAUUGCUCUACGUAGGCUUCUCCUUUUCGUGAGAGACAGGCUGUUGGUACCAGAUUCAGCAGAACAGGACACAGCCGAAGUGUACCAACAAACCAUAGACGGUAAUGAAGUACCGAUAUUCGUCACGCCUGCUUCAGAGGUCAAGGUGGUAUCAUCCACCUCAGGGAGAGCAAAGAGCAGAGAAUCAUACGAAGCGCUUCAAGAAAUCGGUUCUAUUCCAAACGGCAAUCCACACUACAUGUACAACCCAAAUGUUCACAUGAGCGGACCAAACGAAGUUCAAGUCUACUGGGAGUGCGGAACGGGGAUCCGAUGUGAAACUUUAACAACGUUGUACAACCACAAAACGUCUUUCCUCUCCGAUCCCCAAUUUCCCGAUGCUAUGUUGAAGCGAUACAAAGGCAUGCGCAUCGCCUUCUUCGAAGAGAUAUAUGAAAAGUAUUCUCAACUCGACUUUACCCAUUAUACAGAUAGGUCGUUAGGCAUGGCCGGAAUUGAAUCACGGUUUGCAAGAUUGUUCGGAAAGGCACAGUAUGGCAUCCUGGAUGAUCCGACUGAGUGCAGCUAUCUACGUCGCACUCUCCUUUGGCGACGUGCAGACCUGACCAAAGUGAUGACCAAGAUCGACUAUCCACCCAACAGACGAGUUCUCUCAUGGUCAUGGAUGGCGUUAAUGGGCCCCAUAUGCUUCAUGGAUAUACCUUUCGGUGUGGUUAACUGGACUCCUAACCUUGGAUCACCCUUCAAUGACUGUGAAGAUUCCGAUGACACUCCUGGAGCUCUUCGUGGCGAUGCGAGGGACUUUUUCAAGCAACGUAACGAUCGCCUUUUCUUCGAUCGACACAAUGAUAUGCCCCCACAGGCCCAACUUAAAUGUAUGGUCCUAGGUACGCAGGAUAUAUCGAGUGGCUGCCUCUUGACGCAUUAUGGUCUACUUGUCGCUACCACAGGAGAGGGCAGUGACGUCUACGAACGAGUAGGAGUCGCCACAUUCGAGCGAGGCCAGGAUUGGAUGGUUCAGGUAGACACUAAGCGGAUAAGCAUCCUGUAG